AUGGUGGAGCCUGUGACUCGACAGGCCGGCUAUGAUCAUGCGGCAGGCUGUGGUCAGGCGCCCGAUGUCUUUCCAGCGCCGCCGCUUGAGGCGGCGCGAGGAAGGCAUCCUUUGCCUUCAGUGCCGCAGAACACCUUUCGGCGCCACACUGCGCCCAAUUUGGAUUGUCCAGCCGCGAAGAUGGCAGCUGGCGAGCAGUUGCGAACACCGCGCUGCAAUGCCAGAGGUGCUGGAGCGGGCUCAUUGAGCUUGUUUUCCGGUGCCGUCAGUGGGCAGCCUUGUCGUAACUUCACCUUCUUCAGCGACACAAAGCUCUGCUACCUCAGCGGCUCCGGAAGUUCUCAGGUGAAGACGACGAAAGAAGCGCACGCCAUUAGUGGGCCCAAGGACUGCCCUGCCGAGAUAGGUGCCCGGCUGGAGGGCAAAGACUGGCGGCCCAACCUUUGGCCCCAGUGCUGGUGCCUGAUGCUGUGGCCCGGGCCUUGCGCAGUUUCCCAGCUGACACGAUUGCGGGUCCAACAUCUUCGGGAAGCUUGUGCGUCUGGCUCGUCCGAAGCGUUGCUACAACAACUCUGCGGGGUGGUCGGCUUGCUAGCUCAAGGCCAAGCAUGUGCUGCUGUAGCUCCCAGCCUGGCAGGUGCUAGUCUGGUGGCUCUGCCAAAACCCAAUGGUGGCGUGCGGCCCAUUGCCGUUGGAGAAAUCCUACGCCGCCUCACGGCCAAGUGUUUGAUGGAGGCUGUGCGGGAUGAGGCCCGGCAGCAUUUUGCUCCAGUGCAGCUUGGUGUGGCGACUGCUGGAGGGGCUGAAGCGGCCGUCCACACGGCCCGGGCUUGGCAUGACCGCAAUGCAGGACACACCGGCAAAAUCUUGGUGAAGCUUGACUUCAAAAAUGCCUUCAACUUGGUUUCUCGGCAAGCGGUGCUGGACUCUGUUGCCUUGCGGUUUCCUGCUCUGACCCGUUGGGUCAUUUGGUGCUACAAGCAGCCUUCGGAGCUCCACUUCGGCCAAACCCACUUGCUCUCGGCUGGUGGGGUCCAGCAAGGAGACCCUUUGGGGCCGCUGCUCUUUGCCAGUGCUCUGCACCCCUUGGCGCUUGAGUUGAGCCAAGGGCCUCUGGACCUCGCCUUUUUCUAUUUGGAUGAUGGCGUCAUCGCGGGAGAUGUGGCGGCUGUUGGUGCUGCGCUGGCCCACAUCCAAACUCGAUCGGCUCACUUCGGCCUUCACCUCAAUUUGGACAAAUCGGAAGUGGUUUGCUUGCACAAUGGUAGCUGUUCCGGCCUUGCUGCCCAUCUCCAACAGGCCCUCCUGACCGAUGGUGCUGGGAACAGUCGUGUUCAGCGUAACUUUGAACUGCUUGGGGCAGCCGUGGGGGAUGACGACUUCGUUUCCACUCAUGCUCAAGACCGAACAGUCGCUGCCUCUCAGCUCCUGGAUGCCAUUGGUGGAUUGGAUGAUGCGCAGGUCGGCGUCCGCCUGUUACGCUCCAGCGCUGGGCAUUGCCGAAUGGUGCACAGCAUGCGGUGCUCGCCGCCUGGACCCCAGAUGGACAGCUUCAAGAUGUUUGAUCAACGAGUGCGUGCUUGCUUCAGCAGUUUAACCGGGCUUCACCCAACCGAUGCCCAGUGGCAGCAAGCAGCCAGAAGCUUUGCUCAGGCGGGGCUUGGCUUGCGCUCCACGCACUUGGAUGGGCCAGCUGCUUACCUUUCAUCUGCAGGCAAAAGUCGUCAACUUUGUGCCCAACUUGACUCCAAGUUUUCUGACGCUGACUUCGCCUCGGGGCAUUUUGGUACUACCUUGCAGCUCUACAACAGCAACCUCCCGCCGGCUCAACAGGUUACUUUGCAGCAGUGCUUGGGGCAGCCGCAAAAACAGUUGACCACGGCCCUGGACGAUACCAGCUGGGAAGCCCAGCUUAGUUCUUCAACUUUGACUGGUCGUGCAUUACUCCUGUCUGAAGCAGCACCUGGCGCAAGAGCGUUCCUGGCAGCUCGCCCGCAUGGCCUGCUGCGCAUUGAGCCUGCAAUUUUUGUCACUGAGCUUCGCCACAGACUUGGGCUACCCGAUGCUGCUGACGACACAUGGUGCCCUCAGUGCAAUGGGGUUCUCGACCGUUUCUCUCUGCAUGCUGGGGCGUGUUCCGCGGGGGGGGAACGCACCCUCCGGCACCAUGCGGUUCGAGACACUAUUCUCCGAUGGGCCGAGCGGGCGGGCCUACAGCCUGAACGAGAAAAGCCCGGUUUGCUGUUGCCGCAGCGCCCCGAAGACACGCUAGCUGCAAAAGUGGUGCCGCGGCCGACGCCUAUACAGAGGUCAAAGCUGGUCACCUUCAAACCGGCCAAGAUUGUGAACGUCAAGGAGUGCGCUUCCAGCCCUUGGUCGUGGAAAGCACGGGCGCCUGGUCUGCCACGGCGUCUCACACUCUCCGGCUUCUGGCUCGAGCAGCCGCGGCCCGGGAAGGCGAAGACGCUGCAGCAUGCCACGCCCAACUCCUUCAAGAGCUUUGCGUCACCGUGCGAUACCGAGCACGGGCAGUCCUUCGUCGCAGAGCUGAACUGGCCAGUCCUGCUGAUGGUGAUGUUGCCCGCCCUGCUGCUGCUCUACUCUUAUCUGUGGAUCCUGCCCAAUAGUUCCUUCGCCUUUGUCGUGGCUUUCAGCAUAGCUGUACCAAGCGCCUCCAUCCAUCGUCCGCCAGCGCCACCCUCCCAGCUGACGCAGUGGUUUGGCUACAUCGGUCAUGGCACCAGUAGUGAGAAGGGCGUAGCCGAAGCUUUCACCAUUUUUGUAUUCGUGUCGUUGCUCUUUAUCCCCGACGCCGCGCACUUCAAUGGACAGAGUGAGCUCUUUGCGGCAGCUGUUCAGGCCAGCCAGUUUGCUGCUAGACACGCUGUGGAAGAGGCGAAGGACGCCUCCAUGUCGGAACUUCUCCAGAAAACAGGUUCAGGUAGCCAACAAAGUUUCGCCCACAUGGACCUGGACAAAAAUGGGAUGGUCGAGCCUACUGAGUUUCGUAAGGCCUUCUCCAAGUUGAUGGCAUUGGGAGGGACGACGAAGACGUCGUUUGAGAAGGUCGAUCUCAACAAGGACUCCGAGGUGAACCUCAUUGAAUUCCAACAGGCCUGGGAGGGUCGGAAAAAGUCCCAGGAAGAGAUCGUGACGCUGUCCGCUGGGGCGGCACGUGAUCUGGCGCUGAAAGGCGGUUUGCCGUACGUCCAGCAGGAGCUUUGUGCCGCCGCCGCCGCGGCCGCCGCCGGCUUCGUCGAAGGGCAGCUGCAGGGCAAGGAUUUGCAGUCUCAAACCAUUGCAGCAGCAGACGCAGUGGCGGCGGACUUGCCCAAGAGCCAACAAAUGGCACUCCGUUGCUUGGCCGCGGGCUUCUCAGCUGGGUUGGCCACUGCGGGGGCCAAGUCCUGUGUGGAGGCAGCACGGCACGCUGCAUGGAAGUCCAUGGUCCAAAGCGACUGGAACGAACAGCAGCGAGAGGAAGUAGCAGCACAGGUUGCAGGUUUGGCGGCUGGAUUGCAUGCCCAGGCAAAGGAUUUGGAGCCCCAUGCCAUUCGUCAAGCCAUCGAGCGGGCGGUCGUCGAAUCACCAGGCACGGUAAGGACAAAGCGACAGCUGAUCGAGCCCAUCGUCACUGCGAUGGCCACAGAAUGGAAGGUUGAGAAUGCCAAGCACAUCACAGAUCCUGUGGCGGCCAAUCUGGUCUGGGCGGGCCAAGCCUUUCACCAGGCCUUUCAGUCUUCCAAGCAGCAGGAUCGCCCCAGCAGCGCGGCGCAGCGCGCUGCGGAUUUCUUGAACCAAGGAGGGCCGCCGGUUGCGGGGCGCUUCAACGCCAUGGCGCCCAAGAAGCUCAUCAAGAAGCGCAAGCGCAAAGCGCCAGCGCCGGGAUUGGAAGAGGCCGCUGCCGAUGUCGCCUCAGUCCUUGCUGUCGAAGAAGCGCCGCUCGCAUCGGAGCCGGCGUCAGAGUCGCAAGAAACCACCAGGGCGGCGACUGCGAAGCGAAAACGACGUGCAGCUGAGGGUGAGCAAGUGGACAGGAAGGGUGUGAUCCAUCUUGCCUCUGUGCCACUGGUGAUGGGAUUCCAAAAGCUGCGCCAUUUGAUGGAGCAGUUUGGAGAGGUGGGUCGUGUCUACCUGGCUCCGGAGGAGAAGAUCAGGCACCAGAAUAGGAAGCGUGCCGGCGGCAACCGGAAGCUACGCUUCACUGAGGGGUGGGUGGAGUUCCUGGAUCGUCGGAUCGCCCGGCGGGUGGCCGAGACUCUACAUGGCACAACCAUUGGCGGGAAGAAGCGGCACAACGCCUACCGUGACGACAUGUGGAACAUGCGUUACUUGCCCGGCUUCAAGUGGCACAUGCUGAAGGAAGGCACCAUCUACGACCAGCAAGUCCGAAAAGCGCGCCUGCAGCAACGCAUGAGCCAGGCCCAAAGGGAAAACAGCUUCUACCUCGAGAGCGUUGAGAAGGCCAGAACCCAGCGCAAGAUCACCGAGCGCCGCGCCGCCAAAGGUCUCGUUGGUUCCGCGGCGGACGUCACGGUGCAGCAACGGGUGGCAGGCGGAAGCGCUGCUGGCGCCAGCCGCUCAGCCCCGGGGGCCAUCUCGGACAAGGUCUUGAAUCAAUUGCUCUGAGUCGGACUUUUCUGAGUUGGCUGUGUCUAAAAGUGGGGGAUAUGAGAUACCCCUACUCAAU